CGGUCCGAACCGGUCUGCUCCUUCCGCUGCUGAUCAGCUGAUUUCCUGACGGAGAAUCAGAAGAUGACACGAGACCCCAAAAGGAAACAUUCGGAAAAAGUUUCAGUGGAUGGAUUUAAAAGUUUGUGCUGCUGCUUUGUGUAGAGAGGAGGACGAAGGAUGACCACGUCCUAGAGCCGCUCCUGUUCGGGGCCUUCACAGACACCUGGAGGCCGCGCGACACUUCACGGAGUCCUUCAGGAUGAAGUGUUUGCUCUGAAAGCGAGAAACUGUCUCAGCAUCAAGCAGGACUGGUGUGUACGCGCGUGUGUGAGUGUGGCCUAAAUGUAUUUGUGUGUUCGUAUCUGAGCGCGUGUUUCUCUCCGUGACCAUGAGUCUAGUCUCGGGCUUCCCUCACCACCCGGUCAUGCACCACCACGACAGCCACCACUAUUCCCUGCACGCGGCAGCGGCCGGACGGUGUCACGAGGACACCGGAGCACCCCCGUACUUCACGAGCUGGCUAAUCAGCCAUGCGGACAUGUCUCCAACUGAGUACAGCUUUGCGCCCGGAUACAGCCCAGAAUACCAUGGCAACAGCGGCGGCGGGUCCACCGGGGGCCAAGACCCCCACCAUCACCAUCAUCACCAUUACGGCAACUUAAUUCCGGGCCCUGGCACGAUUUCGGUGAAUGGAACCACCGUCGGUGUGCACCAUCACGCACACCCGCGCACCGUGAAGCGGAGACCGACGGCGAACCGCAAGGAGAGGCGGAGGACCCAGAGCAUCAACUCGGCCUUUGCGGAGCUGAGGGAAUGCAUCCCGAACGUCCCGGCCGACACCAAACUGUCCAAGAUCAAGACGCUGCGGCUGGCCACGAGCUACAUCUCUUACCUGAUGGACAUCCUGGACAAAGACGGACAGCACGGGGACGCGCACGCGUUCAAGGCAGAAUUAAAAAAGACGGAGGCUCGCGAGGAGCGGAGGAAAAGAGAGGCGGUGGAGAUCCCCAAAGCAGCGUCGUCGUCUUCGUCAUCCUCCUCUUCGUCAGCGGGUGAUAAGAAGAGUAAAGGCCGGACAGGAUGGCCUCAGCAUGUCUGGGCUCUGGAGCUCAAACAGUAGCGGCCCUCUCCAUCACCUCUCCUGCAGGAUCAACACACUCUCUCCGCUCCCAGUUGUGUCUUCGACGCGGCGACGACACCGAACCAGAGUCCAGUGUGAGCCGCCUCUUAGCAGCUCCAAGCGGCCACAAGAGCGGACAAUGACCCGACUACUGCUCUGGUCACACGGCGGGAGGACGAGCCAGCUUCACUUCUGGUUUCUGACAUUUUAACCGCCCAGACAAACAUUUAAGCACGCGCUCAAUGCUAGGCCGUCAUCUGUUAAUGGUUUUAUUUGACGUCUGUGCGGCCGUGCGGGGUUGAAACCAGCCUAAUCCUCCAAUGUUCCCAGUCGGAGAGGAGCCACGGCGCUGGUGGAUGUGGUUCAAUCACAGCCAGAUUCAAACUAUAGUUAAGCUGAGUGUAGAAGCUGGUGGAAUCCAGACCUGGCACAGGCAUCUUUAUGGGCUUAAGUAUGCGUUUGGAUACUUAUGUACACGCGCACAUACCCACACAAAAGGGGUGUUGAUUUUUAUUCAACAGAAAACAUGGAGUUAGAUGAGAAUCUGUGACAGAGCGGCCAUGGACAUUUACUAAAAACACUGAUCACACAAAACAAAGCAAAACUCUCCCUCCCCCUCUCUCCCCCUCUCUCUCCCUUUCUCUCCAGCUUUAAUUGUAGCGGUUUCAGUGAUGAAGGCGCGAUGGGGGUGUGCUGGUGGUGGGAGUGUGAUGAUGCUUUAUGUUGGAUGUAAAUAUUCUGACUCCAAUAAACCAGCUCUUGGUCUCGUGGUAACCACUGCAAACUGAUGAUUUCUGCCGUCAUGGGUAAAGACUAUCAAUAUAGCUGAGGUCAGGAAAAAUAAUUAUUUUUUUUUAUUUAACUUAAAUUUAAAUGAGGUUUAUAUUAAAAUAUUCAAUAGAUCAUCUUAAAUAAAAUAAUUUUAUUUGUUCUUUAACAGGCGGCUAUUAAUUGUUGAUGUUGUGUUUUUAAGAAAAGAACUGGCCUCAAAGGAAGCGUUUAGUCCUGUUGGUAAUAAGACAACUUUGAGUGGGUACCACCAAACGGAAACAUACAUUAAUACAUUUUAUUACUAUGAAAUAGGCGGUGGGGUUAUUCUGGGCGUUUUUCAAGAGCUAGUUGUUUGUAUCACAAAAAUAUAAGUGUACAGAAAAGCAGUGAAUACAAAAUAGAUACAAACAUAUGAUAAUUCUGGCCUGAUAAUCUAAAAAUCACAAUUUUAUCUGAACAAAGCAUAAAAUCAAGCUGUGGUUUGUUGGGAAGUUGUGUUUUAGUUUUAUUUAUUAAUCUGUGAAAGACUGAUAGAGAAAUUAUGAAAACAGAUAGAAAUAUUUCAUUAUGCAGAAACCUCCAUAAACAUGUGACUAAAUCUAGAAAAUGUAUUUUAUCACUGGAAAAGUCAUCAGACUGUUCAGUGUCAUGUCCUGUAAAACCCUCUGAUCAUUAGAGCGAGGACGUUUUUCCAUCAUCACUAAAAACCCGAGGAAGAAAAUCUCAUUUAAAAUCAGCUAAAAAUGUUUUCCUGUGAUGGACAGGUGUACCUGCCCAGGUGUACCAGGUAUAGAAAAUAGAAGGAUGGUAAAAUUAUUUUUCUUUUUUCUUUGUUUACUGAGAUUAUUGAUUAAAGUUGAAAAAGCAGAAUGACAGAUGUAAGGAUGUGUGAAAGAACAUGAUUUUGUCCUGAAUGAACCUGUAUUCAAUCUUUAAAUGAGACUUGAUUCAGAAUAGAAGUGAGGAUCAAUGUAAGGUGGAGAAGAUGGAGAAACAUCUUUAAUGAAAAUUGACUUUAAAAUGUUGAUGGGCCUCCCGAAACAACAUAUGAAUCCAACAACAACUCUCCUGUGAUCAUCCA